GUCUCCCCCCCCUAUCAGCCUCUCUUUCCCUCUCUAUCAAUCUCGCCUUCAUUCCCGUGCACACGUUAAACCGGUUUAGUGUCCGUGUGUGAACCAUGAAAACACUCCUGUCAGGACUCCGUUUUUUACUGGACUAGGAAUCAAGCGUGUGCAUCCGUUUUGCUUUGCGGCUUCGCCUGGUGUGCGGUGCGGACUGACUGCUCACAUCUAUAGAGUUGGAUAGGAUUGACCGACAGCGGCGGGAGAGGACUGGUGUUACCCCACACACAGGACAAAGAAGACGGGGGGGAAUUAAGAGAAAAAGAUAAGAGUGGAAGAAGAGAGGAAUGAAAAUGGAUAGCUGUCUCUUCACACUCGUCUUUGGUCUUUCAAUGCUCGGUGGGUGCUUGGCCCGGGUGGUGACGGUGUCUCCUGGUCCAUUAAUCCGGGUGGAGGGUCAAACGGUGUCCAUCAGAUGUGAUGUUAAUGAAUAUAGCGGACCUAGUGAGCAGGAUUUCGACUGGAUGAUGUCCAAGGAGGCGAACGGGAAGAAGAUGAAUAUCAUUUCCACCAUUGAUGCCGGCUACUCCGACCCGUCGAUCAGCAAGCGCGUUGCGUCUGGCGACAUCUCCGUGGCGCGUCUCAAGGACAACGAGGUGGAGCUGAAGAUAGCAGAGGUGAAGUCAACAGACGCCGGCUUCUACUGGUGUCAAACCCCGAGCACCGACUCCGUCGCCAGUGGCAACUACGAUGCUAAGGUCCAACUCACUGUCAUCCUCAACACCCUCAAGGUCUCCCCCCUGACCCCGCCCCCAGUCGUCCCAGAAGGAAGUGACCUCACGCUCUCCUGCAACGUCACCCGGGAGCUCACCCUCCCCACCUACCUGUCCGUCACCUGGUCGCUGAAGAGGGGAGCGACAUCGGAGGAAAUUUUGACCUUUGGCCCUCAGGGAGACGUGGUCACAGGGGCCAAGUACACCCGGCGCUACGCUGACGGAGGCAUCCGAUUGGUUCCCGGGAAGAACGGAUUUUUUGAACUGGUGAUUUCCAAAGUGACGACGUCUGAUGAAGGGAUUUAUGAAUGCAACGGAACUGAAUGGACGUAUGAAAAUGGUGGGAAAUGGAUCAAAAUCGUGGAGAGCACAAAAGAGAUGGGAACUGUGGCUGUAAUUCCUACAGGCCAGUCCCUCAGCGUGAAGGCUUGGUCUUCCUCUCCCUCCUCCACGCCUCUGCUGCUCUCUCCCGGCGAGAAGCUGACCCUCGUUUGCUCCGUCACCGCCGACAACCUGCCCGCCCUCGCCCUGGAAGUGACCUGGCUGGCCGACGGCCGCGAAAUCAUCACCAUGGAGCUGAGCGGGGUGGUGAUCUCAAACACGUCCUCGAGCGGUGCGCAAGGAAAGCGAGGGGAGGCGAGCCUGGAGCGGACGGGAGUCGGAGAAUACAGGCUGGGGGUGAGGGGGGUGAGCGGCGAGGAUGGAGGGGUGUACACCUGCCGCAUCCGAGCCUUCAUCGAGAAAGGAGGAAGGAGCUCGGGAGGAGGAGGGAGGUGGCACAUGGCAGCCGAGAAAACAUCCAGCCCUGUAACCGUAAAGGUGGCGCAGAUCAAACCGAGCUUCACGGUGACCCUUGAAGCCCUCCUGAACCCCAAGAUGACGGCUGAACCCACAGAGCUGGCAUGUCGUGUCACCAACAUUACCCAUUUACCCCCGGGAGGCCGACUGGGUGUCACCUGGGAGCACACCACACUUCCUGGUAUAGGGGCUGGUCCUCAGACCUCACAUCCCAUUGGCUCCCUGGACGGCUAUGGCAACCUGUUGCCGGGAUCGAUGUAUUCUGACAGGCUGAAGAGCGGCGUGAUGUCUCUGACCAGAGUCCAGCCCGACACAUUUAAACUGCGAUUCCUCCGCACUCAGGAGAUCGACAUGGGCCAGUAUGUCUGCACUGUGUCUGCUUGGAGUGUUAACAGCCAGGGUGACCUCAUGAAUACCGCUGAGAACCAGAGCUCGCAGCUGGCUGUACGAUGGGAUACCAAACGUCCCACUCUGAACGUCGUGGCCAAACGCAUCCGUGAAGCCUCAGUGGGCGGUGCUACCUUUGAGAUGAGCUGCACCGUGGCCACUGAGAACCUCGGUGAGGCGGGUUACUCAGUGCUCAUCCAAUCGCAGGACAGCCUGGAGGGCAAUGUGAGAAUCAUCAUGACUCUCAGCCCUGAUAACGUCCUGCAGCUUGGAGAAGCCACAGACCCCAACAGGAGAGACAGUCUGGUUCUGACAAAGUCCGGUCCGGCAGAGUUUCAGUUUCGGCUAGCGGGCGUCCAGUUGUCCGACAGAGGUUUCUACUGGUGCGACAUCACCGCGUGGACCAAACAGCAGCCGGGACAAGCUUGGACAAAAGCCACCAGUGCAGAGUCUAACAAAGUCCGGAUCGACUUUCAAGAAAAUGGGCCGUCCUACUCCGUCGCCAUCCAUUCAGACACCAACAUUGUUAAUCCGUGGGAAACAGCCAAGAUGGAGUGUUCGCUCACAGUCUCUGGAUCUUCCCCAAAGACUGGCACACAGACAGAUGACAUGGCGUACGAGGUGCGUUGGUUUUUCACCAGGCUGCGCGGUGGAGAGACGACGACCCUGGUGGCCAGCGUCGACCGCUUCGGCGUUGUGACGAAAGACACUCGCAACUCCUCCAGUGACAUUUCAAUAGAGCGCAAAGACACGCACACCUACAUGUUGAACAUUCAUGGCACUCAGGACAGUGACAGUGGCGAGUAUCACUGUGUCGCCACUCCCUGGUACCUGUCGGCCUCAACAGGAGCCUGGACUCAAGCCAAAGAGCUGCCGUCAUCUCGAGUCUUCCUUACAGUCCGAUUUGCUGUGUGGGACUCCCUCAAGUUACCUCUCUUAUACGGAGUAGCAGCCUCAAUAGGUGUGGGCCUCUUCUCUCUGGUCCUAGGUCUGGUUUGCGCCCACUGCUGCUGCCGCAACACCACACACACUCCACGCUCGCGCAACAAACUCAUGGACCUGGAGAUGGACUGACAAACACUUUCCCCCGCACCCACACACUGCAGCGCUCACAGGAAACACCACACACACAACAGACACACGCCCAUAGACGAUUUCUGGGACACCCAGUUGUUUCCAUGCGAAGGACGUUGGGAGUAAAAUGACAUCGCUUUGGAAACAGAAGCCUGACUCGUCAAUCGCAGUGCUUUAGGGGGUGCUCGGGGUUUCUUCAGCUCUGCAGUGGAGGAGCAGGGGAAAGCACCAACGAGACUUGAUUUUCUACGGAGAUCCAUUAAUAUCUGCGGAGCUUCCAGUGAUUUUUACACAGAUAUCUUCGCUCCCCGUUAAGACCAUAGCACUACAAGAAACUCGAGCGUUAAAUUUUUGCGGAACAGGAUGCUUCUGAGACAUCACUGCCACUUGGGAAUAAAGGACCACUAAACGGAUCUGCUGCCUCUGGAACCACUAAGGAUAACAAAUGAAGCUCUCAGGCUGGACUACUUUUUUAUUUUUUUCUUCUGAUGCCAAGGCUCCCUGCAAAGAACAACCAGUCUGUGUUCCUGAUAGUAACCGAGUCUCUCCGAGCAACGGCACACCAGCGUACCCCGUUGGAUUUUCCUUUUUGAGGAAACACGGGAAAUUCAAGGGGCGGUUGGGCUUGGAGAGACGGAAGUGGCAUUUCGGUUGUGCGUCUGCGCCUCGACAUAUCCCCGUUAAGUCACUGAAGUUUUUGUUUUGUAUGUGCAGAGUCUGGCGGUUUAGGCAGCCUGAGACAAAGUCCCGUUCAUACAGGCAGCAGAGGUCCUAGAAAACAAAAGUGGUGCUCCGCGUGCUUUCCACACCAGAGGUAUUGCACUACAACUACCAUCCCAGAGUAUUCCUACCUUAACAAAAGGACUAUUUACUUUUAUUCUCAACUCUAGUUUUUUGAAAUAAUUAAGAAAUUUUAAAAUGAGAGACAUUUCUAAGCUUUACAAUGAGAUAUGCAGUUAGUGUGUUUGUGUGUGAGAUAUACUGUACGUGGUGCCAAUAUUUGAACUAACAGAGGUGUGUGCUCGGUUCAUAUCGCCAGAUCAACACUUGAACUGCCACUGAAAGUGGUGACAGCAAGCACUCUUCUUUUCUAGAUAUUCAGAAAUGUAUCCUGCUGUUGUUUUACCAGAGUCUCGUGUGUGUUAGUGCGAGUGCUGUGCCUACAGUAUGUGAGACAGAGUUGCAUGUGCUGUUUUAUAAGGACAGAUUGAUGUCAUUCAGGAGCAACACAAGCCUUUUCCUGGGUUCCAUUUUUCAUGACGUCAUGAGUCUCAUACAUCCAGAUAUUUACACUUAGCUGUCACUAAUCUAGACUCGCAUGUGUUCACACUGUGUGCGCUCUGGUGCAAGAAACUCUGCGACUUCCAUAUUUUUGAACAAUCAUGCAUGAUUCUCAGUUUUAGUUUUGCUUUUUAAAGGAAUAGUGAAACAUUUUUGAAAAUGCAUGUAUUCGCUUUCUUUCCAGAGAAGAUCUUUAUCAAUCUCAUGUCAGUGCAUUUAAGUACGGAGCUAGAGUCAGGAUGUGGUUAGCCUAGCUUAGCAUAAAGACUGGAAGCAAGGGAGACGGCUAGACUGGCUCUGUCCAAAGUGAAUAAAAACACCCACCAGCACCGCUAAAGCUCACUAAUUAACACAUUGUAGGUUGUUUUUAAUAGAAGUAUAACAAUUUUGAAACCAUAGAAUUUUGGUUUGGUGGGAAAUGAAAUGCUGUAACUAUUUCUUGCCUGGGCAGACGGAUAAACUGCUCUUUAAGAAAAAGUUCUAGCAUGUACAACAAGAUUGCAGUUUGUAUACGGAUUAAAACAAGAUAAAAUGUGUUAGAGGUGCUGGUAGUCAUUUUUAUGAAUUUUAGCUAUUAUUGAUGUCAUAUAUGAAUUAUUCAGUCUGUUAUUCAGUCUUUAUGCUAAGCUAAGCUAACCAUGUUCUAAAUCUUCUUAUCUAACGAUCUCUCAAAAAGGAAGUAAAUAAGCUUAUUUCCUAAAAUGUUGAACUAUUUUAAACGCCACAUGAUUUCAAUGAGUUUAAGGGGCAGUUAACAUUUUGGUAGAUCCAAUUAUCACUUUUGGUUUAGCCUGGUGAGCCGUUUCCCAUUUAAAGCUAAAAAACGCCCCAGAACUAUCGCUGGCAAACAAGCUCUACUCAAAAAGUGUCAGACUGUUCCUUAACUGUCGCUAACUAGCCAGAAAACUUUCAGUACAUUGAUUUCAGAGAUUUGAACUGCAACACUAGAUAUGGCCCUUUUCCAAAUGAGAUGUUUUCAUCUCGACUCUUUCAGUGAAAAGUUUUACCAUGCACCUAACAGCCAAAACUGAAAACUA